AUGGUAGCACCACCUACGAGUAUCAGUUCCAAACCAAUAGCCUCAACAUCAAAGUCAGACAAGAUUCGAGACUAUCCAACACACUCCACUAUCAACCAAACCCCCAACGUCAUCACCUUUACAACUCAGUCCCCGACCAUCCUGCCGAUGACUGACUACAACAACCAACGCAUCGACGCACAAGACUUGACUUCAAGGCUUGCCUCGUUCGAAAACAAAUCCAACAACAACAACAACAACUCCACCACCAAAACCAAUGGAGAUAACGCCUCCGAUUCAGUUCUGUCCCAGCGACGUCCCCGAUCCACCUCUAUUGACAGCGGCAUCAUGCCCCGUUUUACCAAAUCAGCAACAACGUCCACAACGGGCACCAACGACUCUCAGUACUCGCAGUACUCUGGUCUCCGCGUCAUGCAUGCUGAGCCCAGCUCCAAGACGCACGCUGAAAGUGUCGGCGUCGCGCCAGGCGAGUUCAGCAAGCCGCGCGUUCACAAGCGCAGCCGCAGGAACACGCAAAGCAGCGUUGGCAGCGGCAGGAGUGCGAAGAGCGAGGAAGCCAAGGAGUUCAAGUACUAUGGCCGACACAGCAACCAGUGGCUCUUCAAUGACUUUAGCGUCACUGACGCUGUUUCCAAGGGCUUCAAGAGGGUCUUCAGCAACAACGGUAGCAAGGAUUGGUACGAGGACAGGGACCGUUAG